ACGGAGAGAUCUCCAAUCUCAACCCUUUCUCCAAUAUCACACUAUUAUAUAUGUACAGUAUAUUUUUUUGAUCCCAUAUAGUGAAAUAUUCAACAGCACGGCCUGUGGGAUUGGAGGAGCACUACUGCUCAUUUCAAACUCUUUUACUUCGUACCGCGAACAUCUUUAAUAGACUGCCUAACUUGAAAUCGCCUAAAAAACUAUCGAUCUGUGACGCCCGUUGACGAUAUAACGUUUGUGGCAAUUAAGGGGCCAUGGCUUACACGUCUCGACCGACGAUGCUACCACCGGGGAGCUCAGGGGCCUCUCUUCGCCAACCGAGCAAUCACCAUGCCAUUUCUCAACAGCAGUCAUCUGCUUUGGCGAUACGAAUAGCGUCCAAAAAGGCAGAACUUGAAAACCUGAGACAUCUGCGCGAUUUGAGUGCUAUAUUGGCAACGCAGAUGCAAACUCUGGAGUCGAAAAUAGGGACGUUGAACGAUGGCACAGGAGGUUCGGUUGCGUGCGUUCUUGCGAAUUGGGACAAUGUCUUACGAGCCAUUAGUAUGGCGUCGUCAAAAGCCGUUGAUCUUAAAGAUCCAGCCAAUUCUUCCGAAGAUGUCGGUGACAGUCAAGCUGAGACUCCGCUACCGGCAACCCUUGUCCGAAUACCUGCAGAAUCACAAGAAAAGACAAGCGAAUGAAGCACGAUAAGAGUCCCAAGGUCUGCAAGGCGUUUUCCCCCGUCCCUCUUUCCUUCUUUUCUCUUUCGGUGGUCUCUUGAGUUCACCCAUUGGCUUUCUCUCCUAUCCUACACUACGCGUUGUCCGCGCUUCUUAUGGGUAGGUUCCCUAGUGACUCGGAGCCGACGAGGACGAUCCGUAACUCCAUGGAUGCCGUCUCGAGGGAUAUCUCAGAAAGGAGGCUACGGACGACCCGAGUUCUCCAAGCCGCU